CUGUUCUCUCUGUGCUUUGAAGGCUUCCUGCUGGACUUUGUCUCCUAUCCUGUAAUAAAAGGCUUCACCUGCGCGGCUGCUGUCACCAUUGGCUUCGGUCAAGUCAAAAACAUCCUGGGCCUCCGGGGCGUUCCCCAGCAGUUCUUCCUGGAGGUGUACUGCACCCUGUCCCGGGUCCCGGAGGCCCGGGUUGGGGACGUGGUGCUGGGGCUAAUCUGCCUGGUUCUGCUGGCCGCGCUCAGCGGGAUGAAGGCGACUCUGGGGUCAGAAGAAGCCCCGACCCUAACCCUAACCCGGGCCGCCAGGAAGCUGGGCUUUGGGGGAGGCCUGGCCGUCAUCCCCUUCAUGGGUCUGCUGGAGAGCAUCGCGAUUGCAAAAGCUUUUGCCAGUCAGAACGACUACAGGAUCGAUGCCAACCAGGAGCUGCUGGCCAUCGGCGUGACCAACGUCAUGGGCUCCUUCGUGUCGGCGUACCCCGUCACCGGCAGCUUCGGGAGGACAGCUGUGAACUCCCAGACAGGGGUUUGCACACCAGCUGGGGGGCUGAUCACCAGUGCGAUCGUGUUGCUGUCCCUGGCCUUCCUCAUGCCGGCCUUCUACUACAUCCCCAAAGCCUCUCUGGCUGCUGUUAUCAUCUGUGCUGUGGCUCCCAUGGUGGACUACCGCGUCGUAGCAAAGAUGUGGAGGAUACACAGGUUGGACCUGCUGCCCUUCUUUGUGACGUUCCUGGUGAGUUUCUGGGAGGUGCAGUACGGCAUCAUAGGAGGGGUCGCUGUCUCCGGAGCUCUGCUUCUUUACAGAGCUGCACGACCACAGAUAAAGGUGUCUGACCACGGCGUGCUGGUGAUGGAGCUGAACAGCGGCCUCAUAUUUCCAGCCUCGGAGCAUCUGAGUCACAUCAUUCACACUCAGGCCCUGCAGGGUAGGUUGCUCUUAAGAUGA